GUCUUUUCUGACAUUGCUGGGGGUGAUUUGUGAUCUGAUGUGGAGCCAAAACUGUGUGUGUGUAUGCUAGCUGUGUGUGUACUGCCUGUGUGUGUGUACGUGUCUGUGUGUGUUCGCGCGGUCUCGGACUUGUACUCAGUGUUCUUUUCAUACAUCGAAAUAAAGCAUAUAUGAUGCAUCACAAGCGCUGACGACCACAAGAACAUGACAGUAUCUUGAUAAUACGUUAACGUGUCAUGUUACUUGGGUUUGUGAGUUGGUUUGGACUCACUAAGGCAUAUUGCUAACUUAUUUCUGGCUUGGUGCAUCGAGGGACCUGAUGGCCACGGUUAACAGGAAUUUAGCUAACGUUAAUUGUGUUCUUGUUCGUGCCAUGUAACGGGUCGAUUUUUGUUUUGUGUGUGAUUGUGAACAUGUAGCGAUUUAUCGUCGAAUUGUGUUGGCAUAGACUGCUGACACCGAUUACUGCCCCGAAAAGACAUUUUGGUACACCCUCUAUUUACCAGCUAUUUAACUAUUUGUCAUUCUCCGGUGACCGCCCCAGUAACGACAGGUUACCACCAAGUGCCACCGUCGCCAUCUUUAGAUAAGAGACGGAAUUGUGUUUAAGAUGUCAGGGAAUGAGUGAGUUUGGAUAGCAUGUGUUAUGACUCUUUUAGUAGUCCAUCCAGGAAAGACAAAGCGAGCCACUCUCGUGGGUCAAAUCAUCCAUCCGAAUGACACAGCCUUGUCAAUGCUAUGCACUUUACUGUAAACGCCGAGAAGUUGGGCAUUGUUAAUGGCUCUGUUGAUAAACACUUGUAUGGAAACAAAACAUCUGCCCCAUUCGUGCCCCUUUUCAGUUUUAGUAACACCCCUCUCGCAUUGGAAUGAUUUCCUCAGUGCAAUGCUGUAACCACGUCGGUAAAUCACUUCUAUUUCGAAGCUCCACCGCCGACCGAACGUCUGCAGCACGAGAUACAAUGUUGCUGUUUUAUCUCGCCCACCCAUUCCAAAAGGACGAUAUAAAAGUACCGGUGAUGUUGUACACACACUCAGAACGUACUGAGUCCACAACAUCGACAUGUGUCUCGCAUGUUUCGAAGCACUCUGGGGCGUCGAAAUCCAUUGGUGAUAUCGUGUUGUCUUGGCUUUCCCAGCACAAUAGUGGAAUCGCCAAAGUUCCUGAACAGGGAUAACCAUCGACGCUUGUCUGCCUGACUUGAUACAUUUUACUGUAGAGUUCUAUGAGUAGGCUGUGUGCAAGUCUGUCCAAGCUUGCAAUGUAGAACUAGAUGAGACUUCGUCAACGUCGAUUCUUUUGUGUCGCAACUCUCCCCGUUCAGUGCAUUUGCUGACUGUAAGCGCAUCGGUCAGUCGGCUUGCGUACAUGGGCUUUUGCGUCUGAUAAGCAGUUACAUGUUGAAUCUUGAACAAAAGACGGCACCUUAGUAAGAUGUGUCCCGCAUGACAGGUAUAAUGAACUCACUCCCAGCGUGUUGCGGGACCGAUAGCUCGCCGUAGGGAAUCUGUCCGAAUGGGAGUCGGAAGACCCAGUUUUGCUCGUGUAGUUCGAAGUCAAAUAUGAUUUUCAUUUCAACACCCAGAUAUGUUGCGACAUUUUGGGCAAAGCUCGUUGACGUUGGGCCACUUAAACGUGUGCGAGUGUGACUGUACCGAUGUGCUUGCAUGUCGGAUUUGACCAUUAUAUAACGGGCUCAAUUUCCCCACGGUGUUGUCGAGUAAAGUGCAGGAUCUGACAGCGCCUCCCGCGCUUCGCCCCCGUGACGACAGUAGACAAUGGCUUCACGAGCCCGCUAAACGUCGUGGCGGCGAAAACGGGAACUGGCUAUUUAUUUGGGACAUGGCCGGAGACGGUUUGCGUGUUGUAUUACCUGGCUGCCUUGACCAAAUACCAGGAUAUCGACGGUCCGGAAAACGAGUUAAUCAAAACUGGUUUGUGUUUCCGCAGAAAAAGAGAAAACGCACGGUGGAAGACUUUAACCAGUUCUGCACUUUUGUGUUGGCGUACGCAGGAUACAUCCCGUAUCCAUCCGAGGAGUGGUGGUGUAACAGCAACGCCUCCAAGGACAAUGCCACUUGUAGCCCCCUCCACAGCAGCGGCCCUCUGCCUCAGAGCAAGAAGGGCAGCAACGGCAAAGAGAAGGCAAAGAAGAGGAAACUGGACAAGAAGCCAAGCGACGCCAAGGCCAAACGCAGGAGCGUGGAUGGCACUGCCGUCUCUGCCACCACCACCACCACCAAGAAAUCCCCCAAGUCCAAGAAGGCUGGAAAAGCCUCAUCUUCAUCUUCGUCACCAUCGUCGCAGCCGCCUCCACCUCAGUGGGCCAGUGCAGGCUUCUUCCCCAGCAAUGCCACCACUUCCACCCCUGGAGCCUGUGGUGGGAGCACAGUCAUGGAGGAUGCCGCAGCAGUCCCACUGCCCACAACAGUGCCCAUGAGCGGAGCAUCUUCGCCUCGUGCAGGGCCUGACUUCAGCAGUAGCACUCCGGUUAAAGACGAGAGAGAGGAGAUGGAGAGAAGCAUCGGCCUUGGUAUCGGCCUCGGCCUAAGCCCUGACGACCUGAAAAGAGGAAGCACCAAGCAGGAAGUUAAGGAGGAGGGGGAGGAGUCGGUGGAUAUGACGGCAUCUAUCAACAGUAGCAGCAGUAUGGAAAAAGUUAUCAAGCGCGAGUCCCGUGUGCCUGAGACGACCCAGCAGAGAUCCGAGAGUGGAGGAGGGGGCGGGGGUGAGGGCGAGACCUCCUCCUCGUCCAGGGAGGAGGAGAGCGACGGCUGGGAGGAGGGCGGCAGUGAGGCCGGCUCGGGAUCCGGCGGCACCACGGACUUCCUGCAGCUGCUGAUCGAGAGGCGUCUGGGUAGGCGACUGCCGGAGGACCAGGAGACGGGCUACUACACGGACAGCACCCCCGACCGCGUCGCCAGCGACAACGAACAGGACGGCCCCCGCACCCGAGGCGCAAACACCUCCGCAGACUCAGCUGGCAGUGGAGAGGAUACUUCUAUGGACCGCGGCAAAGGAGAAGAAGACGACUCGUGGGACCUGAUCACGUGUUUUUGCAUGAAGCCGUUUGCCGGCCGGCCGAUGAUCGAGUGCAAUGAGUGCGGCACCUGGGUGCACCUCUCCUGCGCCAAGAUCCGACGCACCCACGUGCCGGACAUCUUUGUGUGCCAGCCCUGCCGCGACGCCAAGCAGAACAUCCGACGCUCCAACCGGGCACGCACCGUGCCCCGGAAACGUUUCAGCGACUAAAUAAACAGCAAAGAAGUGUCAUCCGCUGAAAAGCACCUGGGACAGUGACUUUAGAAAGGUGUGGCAGCUGUUUGUUUUGAUUUUUUUUUUUUUUUUUUCAGAUCUGACAAUCUCAAAAACACUUCAUGUUGAUCUCCCAAUUUAUGGGCUUUGAUGAGAAGAACAAUGGACAUUAAUUGAGAUGGUGGUGCUGAAUGGAUCGAAUGGGAUCUCAGAUUGUUGGGGUUGUCAGGACUAUUGACUAUGGGAGAGAGGCAAAAGUCAUAAGAACUUAAAGGAUCCGGUUGUAGGAUGAGUGUGUAAAAUCAUGUUUGCGACAGUAAGACUGUUUUUCAUGUUGUGGAUCUCACAAGGAUACUCAGAAGGAGUCCACAAACUUGUUAUUACUCAUACGCUACACCGUCACUCGUCUUGUGUCUCACAUCCUGUGAAACUAAUGUCACUCCUUCCUGCCUGACCCUUUCACAUCAGAAACACGGAGAACAAGAACACACUCCCAAGGGCUACCCCUCUACGACACUCUCCCUCUUCAAUCACCAUGAACUCUAUGACCCUUGCGGUUGUGUGACAAGAAAAAACUGUAUUAAAUAUCCAUAGAUUGUACUUUUUUCUGUUUUAUAAAUAUGAAAUUUGGUUGAAAUGUUUGUAAAGGGCAGCACAAAGGCGUUUUUUUUUUCCUCUGGCAUCUCAGUUGACGUGUUUUCAUGUUUUGUUUAUUUUGUUUCAUGAGCAGAGGAGAUCUUGCUAUGUGAAUCUAAGGCAGAAGACUCUACAAAACAAGUUUGUAAAUAUUGCUCUGUUUUCUAGAGUUUGAG